AUAAAGACAGAUAAAAGGAAAUCUGUUUUCGUACCAAAAAGUUGUAAAAUCAUAGUGGUUUCCUUGAACUAUCAAUUAGCUUCAUAGAUUUUAUGUAGAGUAGAAAUAUUAUUUGUUAUCUCACCGAUGUCAAAAAUGGAUUACUCAAUAACAAACAGAUCUUAGCUAGUGUUGGGUUAUUUGAGCGAAACGAGGAUUAUAUGGAGUUCACGAGUGCAAUGCGUAUGGAGUUCAAGGCAAGAAUUUGUCAUCAACAUUGGAAUCGGAAUUUCAAUUAAAUGGAGUGGAUUUAUUAGCCCCAAAUACCAGAAGAUUAAUGAGUCGCCUGUAAACCCAGAACCGGUUUACCGAGCCCAUGGGAAUCGAAAGAUUAUCUGAGAAAAUCAUAGGUACUAGACAGCUUAUGAUCAAGACUGCCAAAUAAAGACUGAACCACUGAUGCAAGGGGCAAUACACCUUGACGUUAAGUACGGACAGCAUCAAUGGGAAACUGUCUCUCGUGUUUCAAGGUGCCAUCCCCACCGUCCGCACAGAAUCAACAAGUUUCUACGGAGCAAAAAGACGAGGCAAUGGAACUUGGGGUUCUCUUUCCACCAACAGCUUGUCCCCAAACGAGCCCUUUGACAUCUAUCGAAACCCAUACAAACGGCAACAGCAAAUCAACAUUAGGCCCACUCUCAACAUUUAACAAAGUUGGCUCGGAUAACUGUGGAUCAGUUCCGAUGGCUCACAAUAACCAGCGAUCAUCCAGAGGCUUCUAUACCAGAAUACCACCAGUGGACAGAUCUAGAACAACUACAGGGCUGAAUCUAACCGUUGAUUGUAAACAGCAAAAAGAUUCCUCCGAAAGCAAACUAAAUGCUCUCUUUGAUAUUUAUAAGGACCCACAAGAAGAUAUUAUUUUAGCUGAUGGUAUAGAAAGGCUUUGCGAGGACUUGCAGCUUUCUCCCGACGAAUUUAAGGUGCUGGUUUUGGCAUGGAAAUUAAACGCCGAGCAAAUGUGUCAGUUUGCUCGGCAAGAAUUUGUAACUGGCUUAAAGGGAAUGCACGUCGACAGUAUACGUGGCAUACAGGCCCGUUUACCGGAAAUUGUUGAGGAACUAACAGAAGACGGAGAACUGUUCAAAGAUUUGUAUCGAUUCACGUUCAGAUUUGGUUUGGAUGUUGUUUCGGGACAGAGAAUUUUACCGGCUGAUAUGGCACUCGUUCUUUGGAGGCUGGUGUUCACUAUUCGCGAACCCCCGCUACUCGUUAGGUGGUUAAAAUUCCUAGAAUGCCACCAGCACGUUCGAGGCAUCCCCCGAGAUACGUGGAACAUGUUUCUUAACUUUGCCGAAAGUAUCGGCGACGAUCUCAGUGCUUAUGACGAUACCGAAGCUUGGCCAAGUUUGAUCGACGACUUUGUUGAGUACGAAAAUGAUCAAAUGAACCAGAACAUUACCAAGGAUGAUAUUAUAAUGAAGGAUAAUGUUGAUAAAGAAUAGGUAUAGCGGUAUUGUGAAUUAAUAAUAAAUUAAGCAGAUGCAAUUUUAUAUGACUUUGAAGCAGGAUAUUCCCAUGAGCUACAUCACUGUCGUAAUAAUAUUUGACUGACCACUAGUAUAGGCUUCUUUGUGAAAUUCAUCAUAAAUUAUAAUUGAAAAUACUAUUAAUUCAUCGAAAAAAUAAUUCAUCUAAAACUUUGUAUAGUUUUGACGAAAAGUUGUCCUAUGGAUUAGUGCAAUGAUAUAAUAUUUUCGAUAAAUUGAUAAGUAAAAUUCUUAAAAAUAUUUCAGGGAAAAUCCUGUUCAUAAGUGUCGAACGGUCGUUUCAAACGAACUUUUUAACACACGGGACUUAGCACACAUGUUAUAUCGAAAUUAGUAUUAUGGUCCCAACUUGUGAUACAUACAUUACUAACAAUAUUUGUCUUUUAGUCGUAAGAUAAAAGUUAGGUAAAGGAACAAACGAACUAGUAGCGCAAGGUAUUUUAUAUACAAAGACUCGCCAGACUAGCCAAUCGAGUACAUAUUCAUUGAUGUAUGUAUUUAAUUCUAUAUAAAUAAUUAUUAUAUAUUAUACAUAUAUAAUUGACAAUUAUUUAUAUAUAUAUGUAAUAAUAAAAAAAUGCCAAGGUGACAAUUAGAAAAAAAAAGAAAGAGAAAACGAGAAAAAAAAUAAUCUUUUUCCAUCGUUGAGGAUUAUUUAAGACAAAAGUAUUUCAACUGUGAAUUUAAAAGAGUCAUUUUUUCAAUCCGAUAUUUUUGAAUAGGUUCAAUUUCAUUAAAUAGCGUUCAUGAAUGCCACUUGUGCCGAGGCAUGUAAUUUUUAACGAUUUUAUUUAUAUAAAUAUUAGACAUGAAACCACGGAUCGGUCAUAAAUCGUAAUAGCUUGUUAAGAAAUGGUUCUGUUUUCCCAAUAGUCCAGUUAGUUCGUAGUUUAGGGAAGUUUCUAAUUUUUUUUUUCAUUCGUCGCAUGUUACAUCUAACGUUCAAACGCAUUUUGACAAUCUAUAGAACACGAGAACAUGAAAAAAGACAAAACAAAAAGUAGGCUCUGGACGAGAAAUUUCGAGAACUGUUCCACAAUCUGAACCAAUCAUGUCUACAUACAGUUAAUUUUCAUCAAAUUAUUCUACCCCCAUCUAUUUAUACCAUGUCGUUCGCCAGUGAUAAAACACCUGAAAUUAAAAGCCUAUAGAUUCCGAAUUGAAAUCCAGGUCCUACAGUGCACCAAAAUUUGUUGUUAUGGUUCAUAUCUUUAAAACUGAGUCGCAGUUUAUUUUCCUCCAUUAUUGAUGUCCCUCGAGAAAUUAAAAGAGAUAUGAAAAAGAUAUUUAUACCCACUAACCGAAAUUAUAUUUAUAUCAUGGUUUGUAUGAGGAAAAACAAGAAAGAAAAAGAGAAAAAAACUAGCGUCUACGAAUCAUAAUUAUUUUUUGCAAAUGUUUCCCUCUACCCUGGAAGGACUGUAUUUUUAUAGAACGCUUUGAAUCAAUCUUUCAAAAUUAUAAAAAUUUUAAUCGAAACUCAGCUCCCUGUACUCAACAUUUGUGGCCUUCUAAAGAGUUAUAAAUAUUUGCAGAAAAGAAAAAAAAAGAAUAAUAUAUCUCCGUAGUUAUAUGUUUAUUUUGAUUUUUAGAUUAAUGCGUUAGCACGGCUCUACGUUAAUUGAGAAAUUCAAUAGAUCUGAAUGAAUCGCAGCAAAAAUAUCAUGUACUCAGUUCAUGGAAAGUGCCAACAACCUUAAGAAAAAUUAUAAAUAAGCCUAUAAAAGCGACGUGUGCUUACAAUUGAUGUAUAUGUAUAUCUAUUUAUAAAAAUUUUUUGUAUAUAAACUAUUUCUUCUGCUAGUAUCACUUACUGAACCAUCAUAAUAGGUAAAGUAGUCACUAAUUGUAAUAACUCGUUUAGACUACCUUGUUUUAUCAGCCGUAAUAAUCGAUAACAUCUUAAAUUUGAAUUGUAAUAUGUUUCGCUACAACUCAUUAACGAAGUAGCUCAAGCGGAUGCUUGACUAAUACCGUAAAUCAAUGUAUUCGCAUUAAUUCUAGUUAGGGACUUCAUCAAGCUUCGAUACUUGUAAUAUAGCGGACUCGGUUUAAUCCCUGGAUGAGAAUUUCUAUCGUGCAAGUAACUUAAGAUUUUUGCUAAUUACAUGGCGUUCGCGCAUCGUCUUGAAAUAGUUAACUGGGUUUUGGCGUCUAGAUAAGAUGAAAAAAAAUCGCAACCAUAUCACACCCGAAGUAAAUGGAUCUCAAAUGUCUAGUUUUAACAAGCAGUCUACUCGGUGUGUAUAAAUUUUUAGAAAUUUUCCGAGCCAAUACCCAAUUUCACGAUACGUUAGAUAGUGUGCGAGUGUACUUUAUUGCGUUCGAUAAUUUUGUUAAUUAUGUGGCUUACCUUGAUAUGGAUAUUAAAAUCAGUCUGUAGACUUACGAAGUUCUUUAGUCAGUCUCACUGUGUGGUAAUUUGGUGUAAUAAUUUUAGGGACAUCUGGAUAUUCCGUCGCGAAACACUCUCGGUUUGACUGCUUAGAAAACAAAGAAAUUAUGCGCACAGUGUAAUCACUCGUCAGAAGUACGUUAUUAAUUUAUAUUGCAAACGAAUUAUUGUUAAAUUAUAUUAAUUGAAAAUAAUAAUUACGCAAUUAAAAAGCGCGGACACUGUGAGAUAUAGGAAUUGUGCACACGUAUGCGUUGGUAAAAUUAGUCUGACGACGUGACAAGACCAAUAUAAUAAUUCGUCCGAGUAUUGUCAACUAUGGAUUACCAACACAGACUGCUGUUAUCCAACGUACGGUCGAAACUAAUUUUUUUUCAAUCUGUCGACGCUUCGUGUAAUCAAGUUUUUUCAAAUAAAAUGGUAUUUAAGUAA